AAAACACAGUUCUCUUUCAACAAUCAAGAAAUUUUAAAAUAAAUUACAAGAAUUUUUUCUUUAAAAAAAAUAUUAUAUCCACAGCGAACACAUCAAAAUCAAGAAAUAUUUAAAUAUAACUAUUCUCUCAUUGUUCAUUUAUCCUUAAAUCAUUUCUCAUUUUCAGCUUUAUCCACUUCUAUUUUUAACCUCGUUAUAUUUAUCUAUAUGGAUUCUGAUUUCUGGAAUAAUCACAUCUCCACUGCAAAAAGGCAUUUUAAUUUACAGCAUCACAAUUCUCAAUUCGAUCGGCUGAGCAUCGAUGAUUUUGAGGUUGAAGAGGAGGCCCGGCCAGAUUUUCCGUGCCCGUACUGUUACGAGGACUUUGAUAUUGCCUCUCUGUGCUCUCAUAUUGAAGAUGAACACUCUUGCGAGUCGAAAGCUACUGUCUGUCCAAUUUGUUCCGUUAAAGUUGUCAGCGACUUGUUAAGUCAUAUCACGCUGCAACAUGGACACUUGCUCAAGGUACAGCGACGGCGUAGACUACGAAAAGUUGCAAUUCCGAGCAGUCAGGCACUCUCUCUACUAGGUAAAGAUCUUCGAGAAGCUCACUUGCAGGUGCUUCUUGCAGGUGCUUCUCGAUCAAGUAGUGCUACUUCAUCUGCUGCAGCCAUUGAUCCGUUCCUUUCUUCUCUUGGUUUGAACUUCCCCUCAUCCGAAGCAGAGGACAUUUCAAAAUCGGUUAUGUCCUGCAUUGACGACAGUACUACAAAAAAUGCGACAUCACAACAAAUAUGGAAGUUAAGUUUUGACCCUUCACUAAGUUCUGAGGAACGAGAAAAACGGAUAAGACGGGCUACUGGAAGAGCUUCUUUUGUUCAGGAUCUGUUUGCCUAUACAUUGUUAGCUGACUAAUGGCAGUAAGUUUUAAAGUGCAAAAUAAUAGUUAUUCAAGUAAAGUUCGGAUAAGGGGCAGUUUGUGGUUUUUUAAUGAUUCACGUUGUUUAACCUCAUUGGCUGGUUGUUGAUGCAGCAAAUGAUGUUAAAUACGGUAUCCACAUUCUCAAGUUCUCUCAAUCGUGGUGUAAAAGUGUGGUCUCUUCUUAAUGGUUUUCCUCCCUUUCACCCUUUGGGUGUCAAACUUGGAACCAUUUUCUUUAUCCAUUUUUCGUAUGUCGCUUUCAUAUUAUUUGGUGACAGAAAGGAUACAAGAAAUGAAGUGUUAGCUCAAAGUUGUUGAUGUUGUAGUUCUUCUUCCUUCU